UUAAUGUGUGAUGAUAAUGUUUGUUACUAUUAAUAGAUGAUAGUUAUGGAAGUGACAAGAGGAAGAGCAGCAGUGAGUCCUUACCUUCUCCUCCUCCCAUUCCUCCUGAUCAACUGGAUGCAGCUGUUAACCUUCUCUCAUCAAUAAUAAAACGUAACCACACCAGUGAACAUAAUCAACAAUUUGCUGGUCAACUUCUACGAAUGACACUCAACUUCCUUUUGAGAUUCAUUAAAACUCAUUCCAAUACCAGCAGAAUGGGAACCAAACCCUCAGGAUCCAAUGAACCAGAAGUGACGUCCCUCGGGCGGAGUGAGAGCCAGGCUAGCGAGGACUCAUCAUGCUUAGAAACCUCUUUUAGAAACCCUGGGACUGGGUUCAUAUCGUCCAGUGAAAUAACGUCCCACAUUCACAGUCUUAGAGAAUACCUGCCUAAAGGUAACACACUGAUCAGUGACCCUAAGAGGAAGGGGGAGGAGGAAGGGGCGGAGUUUGAUCGUCUCUUACAUGUAAUGGUAAGAAAGGAAUCAUGGGACCACGCCUCCACUGAAACAGUAAUCCAGCGAUCAUUAAUAACUGGUAACGUACCCCUAGGUCAGUCCUAUCUUAUUCUUAGGUCGUUAAAGGGGGAGGAGUCACCACACCCACAAGAUGAAGCAAGCCACACCCACACUGAUGAAGUAACUAUUAGUAGUUUGAGUAGUGUUGGUAUCAGUUUAAUAAUGAAGACAUUCUGUGAGAAGAAUAUAAAACAAGCAAUCAUCUUUAUCAGACAAAUGCUGGAUCAGAAAUGCUAUCAAAAUGUACAUGAUCCUGAUGAUAGUGUGGAAUCAAUUGAUGGCAUUGAUGAGCUGACCUCUGGAACCAGUUCAAGUGUAGAAAGGCCUUUAGUAGGGCUUGCUUUGGCUAGCUCACUUCAUGUAAUUAUCAUUAAAUAA